GGUUUGUACGUUGUAUGAAAUAGGUAAGUGACAGUAAGACUCUCAUUGUCGAAAUGAAACUGGUCAGUGUAAUCAGGUGAAAAAUUCCUGCGAAUUCUCGUCGUCAGUUUAAGAGUGGCUCGUCACGCGACAACGUUGGCUCGCCACUGUAUACCAAACUCUUAUAGGGCCGAUGUUUUUAGGAAAGCAGCGAUACUCAUGCGCAACGAUACACACGGUUGUGCGCGCGUUAGCGCGGAAAUUGAAUUACCUUUGUGCGAUUGCUGCGAUGAAAGCGAGGCCGGAUUGUACCAUCUUGCAAGCACAGUCUUUCAAUUAAACGCAGCUACGAAGUACAAUUUACACGUCAAAGGGUAGUCUCGAUGGUAACGUUCCCGUUGGUUUUGUUUUGCUUGGACGCUGCCUCAUUGAUCGUUAAAAAAAAAAAAUCGGAUGCUGAAAUCAGUGAGGCAUAUUUAAUAAUUUUAAGAGAAAUAAUUGAGAAAAGAAGAUCGAGAGAUUAAUGUUUGCUUUAUUUUAGUGCGGUAAAGAGAGAGAGAGAAAAUUUACUUCAAGUGACAAGAUUAAGCUGAUCGAGAUUAUUUCGAAGUUUUUUUUUUUUUUUUUUU